AUGUCUUACUUCUUGACGACAACUAUAGAUUUGUUUCAGGGAGUUCUUGAGAACAGAGGAAUUGUUCUAAUCAAGAAAACGAAUGAUCAUGAUGAGCUUGUAGAGUAUUGCAUAAGGGGAAUCGCUAUAGCUGCAUACGUUAGUACGAACAGGAGUCUGGUGAAGCUUCUUGGUUGUUGUUUGGAGAGCAAGCAAGGAGAGAAAAUGAUUUUACCAUGGAGAUGCAGGGUUCGUAUCGCUGCUCAGGUCGCAGCUGCGAUUGUUUAUCUCCAUAUUGGCAAAUCAAGACCUCUGAUUCAUAGACAUGUGAAGACAGGUAACGUUUUACUGGACGAUAACUUAAACGCCAAGCUAUUUGAUUUCGGACUAUCCCUAGAAAUCCCAUUAGGUGAGACCUAUGUACAAGCAUUGGUUGAAGGAACAAUAGGGUUUAUAGCUCCAGAGUCAGUAGAUACCGGAAAAUUUAACGAGAAGACUGAUGUUUUCGCAUUUGGUGCUACGUUUAUUGAGAUCCUGACUGGACGAGAGCCUCAUGAUGUCUUCAUUGAAGCCUCUCGUGAUCUGUUUCAAAGCCUCACUCCAGCUGCAGAGUCUUCUCUAAGGCCUGUUCCUUUACCCAGAAGAAGAGAUCUUUUGGUGUUCUUGAAGUCGAAUCUGAUAAAAGACGCUAAGCAAAACGCGUUAGAGGCUAGCGCAGAGCUCGCUGCAAGAUGUGUUGACGUAUUGCCAGAGAAGAGGCCAACGAUUGAAGAAGUGGCUAAGGAGUUAAGGCAUAUUCAAAACAUGUAA